AAGUUAUUAUCAUGAUUCAAUCUACCUUGCGAGUAACAUCCAAGGAUCAUCUACCUUCUUCAAAUAAAGGAAUCAAUAACAAUAAUAAUAAUAUAAUGAAUAGAACUUCAGUAUCUUCUUUUCGAAAUAACAAUCAUCAUUCUCGAUCUACAACAACAAUUCAUCAUCCUACUAAUAGACAUCGACCUUCAACACAAACAGCUCAAUUUGUACAAGGACAACAAGAUUAUUUACCAUCAACUACUUUGCUUGGAUCGGAUUCUAUCACUAUUAAAAAAAAGGAACCGAGUCUUUAUUUUCGACGAGGAACAGUGAUUGAAGUGAUUAAUAGAGAUUCAUCUUCAGGUUGGUGGCAUGGACAAUACGAUAAUAUUCGGGGCUGGUUCCCUAGUCAUUUUGUUGGUAGAGUAAGUCAUCUUGAUACACGUAUGGGGUCGGAUGAUGCAGUACAAAAGGAACUGAAUGCAUGGAAAACAACUUUGUUGGAUCAACAAAAAACUCGCAUGCCUAUAAAUGGUAACCCUGCUUUGACCAAUAAAAGAAACAUUGUGUCACCUUGUAAUGACAGCUCGACAAAGGGGCCAUCAUUAUUAAAACAUCGUUAUAGUACAACAAGUAGUAUUCAUCGUCAAAGUAUGACUCCUUCGAUAGCUUCUAAUGGUAUCAGAUCCAAUUCAAGAACAUCAUCACUAAUACAACAAAACAAAACGGAAUCACAUUCAGCCACUCAUACAGCCUCCUCUGUUCGCAAAAGUCGCGUACCCCUUCCAUCACCUCCUUCCUCCGCUUGCUCUUCUAUCAUCAUCGAUUCACCUAAAUUUUCUCAAUCUACUACCUUUCAUUCUUCCACACCAUCAUCAUCAUCACAACCACAAUCAUCAUCAUCAUCAUCAGUUAUCAAUAAGAUAUCUUUGGAUUGGGAAAAUCGUAUUGAUGAAGUUUCAAAACACAUGUAUGAUCUCGUGGAUGCAUGCGUAUCUCCAAACAAAUCCAAUUUACACACUAAAAUCCAUCAAACAACUUCAUCCAUACGUGCAUUACUGGCAUGCGUUCCAUCUUGUUCAUUAUUAGAAGCUAAUGAUGACGAUAAUGAUAUGCUUAGUGAUCAAAGAAAAACGGUCUUACAACUCCUCAGCAAAGUGGUACACAAAGGAUCAGAGCUUCAAUUGACAGGUUUUGUGGAUAAUACUUGCUUUCGUGUCUUGGUAAACCAACUUUGGGUUGAAAUUGUUGCAUUUGAGGAAAUCAUCCGUACAACUUUUAAAUCUCCAGCGUCAUCAUCACCUUCUAGUCAUCCAUCGGAACCUUCUUUCAAUUCUCCAGCUAUAUUUACUUCCGUCAAUGCAACCCCACCAAGUUCACCUCCUCGUGACCCUAUUACCCCUCGUUCAUCCACAAAUGAAUUGGAUCGACUUGUUUGUGGCUUACUGGAUCAUCAAUCUCAAAUCAUCGAUCUGAUUAAUACUCAUAUUCCUUAUUCGAACGAUUUACUGCGAAAAGACGAUCAUACCACAGCAAUACGAACAGCCAAAGAUGCCGUAUUUAAUGCCAUCACUCAACUCAUUCAAGCCAUACGCGAAGAAAAAGGUGAUUCAACUACGACUUCAACUUCUUCAACCCAAGUAGCUUCAGACGCCACUUCUGUCAACCAAACUCUCCUAUCUAAGGUACAACAUGAAUUACCAAAAGUUACUCCUAUUGAGACAUCAAGAUCAGCCAUUACUACCGACAACUCUUUAUUAAUGCCUGUCUCACCAGUCUCACCUCAAUCUGCCAAACUUCCACUACCAUCAUCAGAGCAGGAAUCUUCUAUUAGAAAAGAAUGCGUUACGACAACUCUUAUGGGAAACACAGCAACUUCAUCAACAUUAGCCAUCAGCAGUCAGCAUCCUAAAGAUACAACUGUAGUCAACAAAUAUUCAUCGAUAUCUGUCAACAGCAUAGAUGCUUACUCUAGUAACUUAUCAGUGCCAACCGGAUUAACCAACACGAACAACUCUAUUCGUCUUAGUCAUUCAUUCGAACAAUUGGAACGACCCUCCAGUACAACAAGUAGUAAUCUUCUUCGAAAGUCGUCUGAACUCUUUCGUAGCAGUAGGAAUUCCAGUCAGAUUACCAAUACUUCUUCCAUUAGUUCUAUUGGUGGUGAAUCAGCUUUACAUCCUUCUUCCGAUGCAACGCCCACUGUAUCCGCUUCGACAUCUCAACGAAAAUUACCAAGGGUUACUACACUAUCCAAUUUGGCCAUGCGUUAUUUGACCUCUUCCUCCUCCACAUCAACAUCUUCUAUGUUAUCAAAUCGAUCUUCACAACAACAGCAACAACAACAACAACAACAGAAUGCGAUGCCACCUCCUCCGUCACCUGCAGCAUCAUUAACCACGGUUGAUGUCAAUGUACCACGUGUUAGUAUUUCUCCUCCUCAAAUGUCUACUCGUGAAAUUCGAUUACUCAAUUCAAAAUCUACACCAACAUUCGAUCAAAUCAAGACCUCCACUUCUCAAAGUUUAAGGAAUAUGAGUGUUGUUUCACUUCGAAAUAUAUCUCGCAAGCCAAGACGUCUCAGCAAUCAAAAUAGGAAAAGCGACAGCACAAUGGCUCCUCCAACUUUUUCAACUACUACUACCACUACGACUACGACAACAGGGACAUCAACCGCGUCAACUACUGGUGGGUCAUCAUCUCUAGCUGAUCCUCCUUUACGCAUGCGAAUUUCUUCAUCCUUACGACUUCGACGAAGUACUGAUGGAAAUGAUCAACGUGAAAAAGCUGCACUGGAACAAAAGUUAAGAGAAGUAGAAGAAGAAGAAGAAAGAAACAAACCAUGGUUUCUCAAGAAGAAUCAAAUCAAAUCUGAAACCAUUUUGAAUGCUGAAGGUCAUCUUGUUGGAGCAAGUUUACGUGUGCUGAUCGAUACAAUAACAUGUCAUGAAGAUUGUCCAGAUCCACACUUUUUACGUACCUUUUUUUACAACUUCCGGCUAUUCACUGAUUCUGAAACGUUGGCAAGAAUGUUGAUAAAUCGAUUCAACUUGACUCAACCUGUACACCCAGAUACUGAGGAACCAUUAACAACUGAAGAAGAAGAAUUGUGGGAAAGUGAUGUCCAUGUACCUGUCCAACUACGUGUUUACAAUGUGAUCAAGGAUUGGUUUGAGGCAUAUUACGAUCCUCUUCAAGAUAAGAAAGCUGCACAAAUGCUUCUCUCCUUUGCCAAGACUGAUAUGGAGACUGCCAUGCCUAUGCCUGCCAAAAGAAUGACUGAAUUGAUCGAACUGAAGCUUAUGAGUGCAACAGAUUUAGAUUCUCAAAAAGCCAUUGAUGAUUCAAGCUAUUCCCUGGAACGCCAACAAACUCAAGAUUCCAAUGUGAUGAUAUCAGCUGCUGUAGCCGCUGCACCACUUCCAUCCAAUACAACAUCUACACCUAUCAGAAAUGCAUUACGACGAGCUCUUGCCAGUCAUCACCAUCAUUCAUCAUCCGUAUCAUCCCAUUUCAUCCAUCCGCUUCAAGAAUCCCAUCAUCUAUCCAGUAUUGCUAUUCAUCGGAUGGAUCCACAAGAAAUUGCUAAUCAAUUGACCUUGAUGGAAAGUACGUUGUUUUGUCAAAUCCCACCCAGUGAAUUGAUGGCGGCACAAAAGAAGAAAUCAGCACCAGCAAUACAUGUCAAAGCUAUGGUACAUCAAAGUACGUUACUGGUGUAUUGGGUAUCAAACACUAUUCUUGGUGAAUCGGAUGCAAAAAUACGAGUGAUGGUUAUCAAAUUUUGGAUUAAAGUAGCCGAUGCCUGUUUACAACUCAACAAUUUCAAUACAUUAAUGACUAUACGUUGUGCGCUCAACUCUGCUAGUAUUGCACGAUUACGAAGAACUUGGGAUUCAGUGAUGCGAUCGACCAAAUACAAGACCAUGUACAAUACGAUUGACUGUGUGGCGGAUUCCGACCGAAAUUUUGCAAUGUAUCGAAAAUGUUUGAAGAAUGCCACGGCUCCAGGACUUCCAUUCUUAGGUAUUUUUCUUAGUGAUAUGGUUUUUGUGGAUGAAGGGAAUAUGGACCAUAGGACAAGUACUACCUUAUCAUCGAAUGGCAACGAACAAUCCAAUCAUUGUAUUAUCAUCAACUUUGACAAAUAUAUGAAGAUGACGCAAAUGCUAGACCAAACCAUUACCAGGUUCCAACAAGUACCCUACUACAAGAUCAAGGAAAUCAAGGAAAUCCAACGUUACUUAUUAGAGUGCAUUGAAGCAGGAAAUGACAGCAAUGAAGAACUGAUAUAUUCAAGAAGUUUAGAAAUUGAACCUAGGAUAGUGGAUGAAGUGUGUGGAUAAAUAAAGGCCCUUCUUUUUUACCGUUACCAUGGUGUUAUUAUUGUUACAAGGGUCUCUC